CGUGCUGCUGCCAUCGCUUCCGGGCUGCGCCUGGGGCAGGGAACCGGGGCCUCGCCCUGCUGGGGAAGGCCCGUGCACCCACUGUGGGCCCGUCGGUGGACUCUGAAAAGUGUCGUGAAGCAUUUAUUGGCCGAUACCUUCUAGACACUAAGCUCGUGGUGAGCAGGGAAUGUGUCUACCGACUCUGUUAUAUUGCACUCUCCCAAACGCUUAGUACAGUGCUCUGCAAACGGCCCUGCGCGAGGGGUGAGUCAUGAUCACCUUCAUGAAUUCCGACAGCGAGGAGGAAGUUUGCAACGAGCGGACUUCCCUGAUGUCAGCUGAGAGCCCAAUGUCCCGUUCCUAUCAGGAUGGAACGCCAGCCCCAGAGGCGGGAGAAGAUGUGGCCCAGAGGAAACACCCAGCCAGCUGGGAUCCUGGCGCUGGUGCCGUGCGUCGUGCCCCCGGGAGCCGGGGUGCGGCCAGGAGUCCUGCGCUGGAAAAUGAAGAGGAGGAGGAGGAGCCGUCCCUCAAGUACGGAGCGAAGCACGUGAUCAUGCUGUUUGUCCCGGUGACACUGUGCAUGGUGGUUGUGGUGGCCACCAUCAAGUCGGUCCGCUUCUACACGGAGAAGAACGGGCAGCUGAUCUACACCCCGUUCACAGAAGACACGCCGUCGGUGGGCCAGCGCCUCCUCAAUUCCGUGCUGAACACCCUCAUCAUGAUCAGCGUCAUCGUCGUCAUGACAAUCUUCCUGGUCCUGCUCUACAAAUAUCGUUGCUACAAGUUUAUUCACGGUUGGCUCAUCCUGUCCUCCCUGAUGCUGCUGUUCCUGUUUACCUACAUCUAUCUUGGGGAGGUGCUGAAGACCUACAACUUGGCCAUGGACUACCCCACGCUCUUCCUGGUCAUCUGGAACUUUGGGGCCGUCGGGAUGAUCUGCAUCCACUGGAAGGGCCCCCUGCAGCUGCAGCAGGCCUACCUCAUCAUGAUCAGUGCCCUCAUGGCCCUGGUCUUCAUCAAGUAUCUCCCAGAGUGGUCGGCCUGGGUCAUCCUGGGAGCCAUCUCUGUGUAUGAUCUUGUGGCUGUGCUGUGCCCAAAAGGGCCCCUGAGAAUGCUGGUGGAGACGGCCCAAGAGAGAAAUGAGCCCAUCUUCCCUGCCUUGAUAUAUUCCUCUGCCAUGGUGUGGCCGGUAGGGAUGGCAAAAGUAGAGAACUCUGCCCAGGAAGCGGACCACCAGGCACAGGAGGAAGAGGAGGAGCAGCAGAGUGAGAACUGGAGGAACCGCCCAGGCCCCGGAUCCACCCCUCCCCAGAGAGGCGCCCCAGCCAACCUGCCUGCCUACUUGGUAGAGGAGGUGGAGGAGGAGGAAGAGGAGGAGGAAAGGGGUGUGAAGCUGGGCCUCGGGGACUUCAUCUUCUACAGCGUGCUGGUGGGCAAGGCCGCCGCCACGGCCAGCGGUGACUGGAACACUACCCUGGCCUGCUUUGUCGCCAUUCUCAUUGGUUUGUGUCUCACGCUCUUGCUGCUGGCCGUCUUCAAGAAAGCACUGCCGGCUCUGCCCAUCUCCAUCACCUUUGGUUUGAUUUUCUACUUCUCCACCGACAACCUCGUCCGGCCCUUCAUGGAGACCCUGGCGGCCCACCAGCUCUACAUUUAGAAGCCACUGGCCGGGGCCACGGUGGAGACCUGGAAGCUGUAGGAAAUUUCAACCGUAUGGAGCUGUGUAGUUUUACACCCUUAGUGCCGUAUAUUUUUUAGAAAACUUUUUUUUUUAAAGUACCAUACGGAGACACAACGAGGUUAAGCCAACUCAGUAUCGUGGCCCUGGUAGGUGUUGGGCGACCAGCGCUGUGACUUACCUCGCCCCCACCCCUGCACCUCACCCGCUGGGAACACAGAAGCGAUGACACUCAAACGAAGGAAAGAAGGAGAGUCGCAUCGUCCGGGGAGAGCCGGGUCAGAAGGAGGAUGGAUGCUUGUUUCCUUGUACCAUCGGGUUCCACAGAAGGAUAUCUUAAAUAGCAUUAACACGCACAGUAGUCCACACUCAGGAAACUGGAGCCAAGAGCUAUUGGCAACCGGGUGGAGAAAGGAAGCCCACAUUUCAGGAGGGAACAUUCCCAGUGCUUUUUUUUUUUGUCUGAUUCCUGCCGUGAUUCUUUUGGUUGUCGCCAUCUUAUAAGCUUCUGGAAAUGAAGACCCGUUAUUACCGUUGAUGUCGCUAACUGCUGGGAAGCGGCUGUGGAGUUGGCCAUUAUGAUUUUAAUAAAUUUCCUCAAAUGAAUCUA